AGCCGCGGAUUCCGCACAGGCCGCUCCCGCCGAGAAGAUGGCGGCCGCGGAAGCGAGCGGGCGGGCGGGAGGGGCCGGGUCAGAGCCGGCGCGGGCCUCAGAAGUCGGCCCCGGCGGGCACUCAGUGGUCGCGGCUGGGACGGUUUCGAGGGUAGGAGUCGAGGCGGCCGCCCGCGGGAAGGAGCGGAGAGGAGCUUACUCCAUGGGAGCAGCCUCUAGAUAAUCUGAAUUGUUGAAAAUACGAAGCCUGUUACUUGUGAACAGUGGCUGACGACAGUGGCGUCGUGAGCCUGGCUGUCUGCUUGGGCCAAGAGCUUUCAUCUGCCAGGGUUUUUUUCUUGUAUUUAGGAUUUCAGGGAAGUGGCAAGCUUUCAGUGUUGGAGCAGGUAUGGAUGACAAAGGUGACCCAAGCAACGAGGAGGCACCUAAGGCCAUUAAACCCACCAGCAAAGAGUUCAGGAAAACAUGGGGCUUUCGAAGGACCACUAUCGCCAAGCGAGAGGGAGCAGGGGAUGCGGAGGCUGACCCACUGGAGCCGCCGCCCCCGCAGCAGCAGCUGGGCCUGUCCCUGCGCCGCAGUGGGAGGCAGCCGAAGCGCACCGAGCGCGUGGAGCAGUUCCUGACGAUUGCGCGGCGCCGCGGCAGGAGGAACACACCUGUCUCCCUGGAGGAUUCUGGUGAGCCCACGUCCUGUCCCGCCACAGAUGCCGAGACUGCCUCUGAGGGCAGCGUGGAAAGCGCUUCUGAGAUCAGAAGCGGCUCCCAGUCGGCUUCCACAGCUGUGACAGACAAGGCCUCUUCUGAAAAGGCGAAAGGAGGGGAUGACGAGGAUGACACCUCCGAUAGUGACAGCGAUGGCCUGACCUUGAAAGAACUUCAGAAUCGCCUUCGCAGGAAGCGGGAACAGGAGCCCACCGAGAGGCCCCUGAAAGGGGUCCAGAGUCGCCUGCGGAAGAAGCGUCGGGAGGAGGGCCCCGCCGCGACUGUGGGCCCUGAGGCCGGUGAUGCUGUGGAGGACGUCCUGCCCAGUAAGCAGGAACCUGAGAACGAGGAGGGGGUUGUGUCCCAGGCUGGGAAAGACGACAGAGAGACUAAGUUGGAGGGAAAGGCGGCUCAGGGCAUCAAAGAUGAGGAGCCUGCGGACACGGGCAGACCGAAGCCGGAAUGUGAGGGCUAUGACCCCAACGCCCUGUAUUGCAUUUGCCGCCAGCCCCACAACAACAGGUUUAUGAUCUGCUGUGACCGAUGUGAAGAAUGGUUUCAUGGCGAUUGUGUGGGCAUUUCUGAGGCUCGAGGCAGGCUCUUGGAAAGGAAUGGGGAAGAUUAUAUCUGCCCAAACUGCACCAUUCUGCAAGUACAGGAUGAGACGAAUUCAGAAACCACAGAUCAGCAGGAAACUAAAUUCAGACCUGGAGAUGCUGAUGGCACAGAUUGUACAAGUAUAGGAACGAUAGAGCAAAAGUGUGGCGAAGACCAGGGGAUAAAGGGUAGAAUUGAGAAAGCUGCAAAUCCAAGCGGCAAGAAGAAACUCAAGAUCUUCCAGCCUGUGAUAGAGGCGCCUGGUGCCUCGAAAUGUAUCGGCCCCGGGUGCUGUCACGUGGCACAGCCAGACUCUGUGUACUGCAGUAAUGACUGUAUCCUCAAACACGCCGCGGCCACAAUGAAGUUCCUUAGCUCAGGUAAAGAUCAGAAGCCGAAACCUAAAGAAAAGAUGAAGAUGAAGGCAGAAAAGCCCAGUCUCCUGAAAUGUAGCGUUCAGGCAGGCAUUAAAAUCUCUUCUGUGCACAAGCGACCAGCUCCAGAAAAAAAAGAGAGCACCGUGAAGAAGGCAGUGGUGGCCCCCGCUCGGAGCGAGGCACUUGGGAAAGAAGCAGCUUGUGAAAGCAGCACGCCGUCGUGGGCGAGCGAUCACAAUUACAAUGCAGUCAAGCCAGAAAAGACUGCCGCUCCCUCGCCAUCACUGUUGUAUAAAUCCACCAAGGAAGACAGGAGGUCCGAGGAGAGAGCAGCAGCCAUGGCAGCCUCCAAGAAAACAGCCCCUCCGGGCUCCGUGCCGGGCAAGCAGCUUGCGCCUAGAAAUCUCGUGCCAAAGAAGCCUUUUGCUAAUGUGGCAGCGGCCAAACCAGCCAUUAAAAAGUCACCCUCAGGCUUCAAGGGCACCAUCCCCAAGAGGUCAUGGCUGUCAACUACCCCAUCAAGUGGUGCUUCCACUGCCAGGCAGGCAGGACCGGCACCCGCAGUGGCAACGGCAGCCUCCAAAAAGUUCCCCGGCUCUGCUGCUCUGGUGGGAGCUGUAAGGAAGCCAGUGGUACCUUCUGUUCCCACCGCCUCGCCUGCCCCGGGACGCCUCGGGGCCAUGGGUGCAGCACCGUCGCAGCCAAAUUCACAAAUUCGGCAAAAUAUCAGACGCUCGUUAAAAGAGAUUUUGUGGAAAAGAGUCAAUGACAGCGACGACUUAAUCAUGACAGAAAACGAAGUAGGGAAAAUUGCCCUCCAUAUCGAGAAGGAGAUGUUCAACCUGUUUCACGUCACGGACAGUCGCUACAAGAGUAAAUACCGAAGCAUCAUGUUCAACCUGAAGGACCCUAAAAACCAGGGACUUUUCCAUCGUGUUCUGCGGGAGGAAAUCUCUUUGGCAAAACUUGUGAGAAUGAAGCCUGAAGAACUUGUAUCUAAAGAGCUUUCCACGUGGAAAGAGAAGCCGACGAGACCUGUGAUGGAGCCCAGGACUAAAGUGCACAGUGAAAGUAAGAAGGUGGCCGCCAGGCAGGAGGUCAUCCCCGACAUGGAGGACUCUCCGCCAGUGUCGGAUUCCGAGGAACAGCAAGAGUCAGCACGUGCUGUCCCUGAGAAGAGCGCAGCGCCCCUCCUCGACGUCUUCAGCAGCAUGUUGAAAGACACCACCAGUCAGCAUCGCGCACACCUCUUCGAUCUCAACUGCAAAAUCUGUACAGGCCAAGUUCCCUCCGCAGAAGAUGAGCCAGCUCCGAAAAAACCAAAAUUGUCAGUUCCUGUUAAGAAAGAAGACUUAAAACCCAAGCAUGAGAGCCCUGCACCUGACCCUGCUCCUGAUUCAGCUGAUGAGGUGAUACCGGAGGCGCUGCCUGAAGUUGCCCCUGAGCCGGGCCUGGAAAGUGCUUCUCAUCCAAACGUGGAUAGAACCUAUUUCGCUGGGCCUCCAGGAGAUGGCCAUCCUGAGCCCUCCCCGCUGGAAGACCUGUCCCCCUGCCCAGCCUCCUGUGGGAGCGGGGUAGUCACCACUGUCACAGUGUCCGGCCGGGAUCCCAGGACCGCUCCAAGCAGUUCCUGCACAGCCAUGGCCUCCGUAGUGGCCCGUCCAGACAGUACCCACAUGGUGGAAACCAGACAAGAUGUGCCGAAGCCUGCCUUGACUUCUGUGAUGGUGCCCAAGUCCAUAUUGGCUAAGCCGUCUUCAUCCCCUGACCCAAGAUAUUUGUCAGUUCCUCCAUCACCAAAUACCAGCACAUCAGAAUCGCGGUCCCCUCCAGAGGGAGACACAACCCUCUUUUUGUCUCGACUCAGCACCAUCUGGAAAGGAUUUAUCAACAUGCAGAGUGUGGCAAAAUUUGUCACUAAGGCGUAUCCCGUCUCCGGGUGUUUUGACUACCUCAGUGAGGAUUUGCCUGACACAAUUCACAUUGGUGGGAGGAUCGCACCGAAGACAGUUUGGGAUUAUGUUGGCAAACUCAAGUCUUCUGUGUCUAAGGAGCUCUGUCUGGUCCGCUUCCACCCUGCCACGGAGGAGGAGGAGGUCGCCUAUAUCUCUCUGUACUCCUAUUUUAGCAGCCGUGGCCGCUUUGGCGUUGUAGCUAAUAACAACAGGCACGUCAAGGACCUCUAUCUGAUCCCGCUGAGCGCCCAGGACCCUGUUCCAUCCAAACUCUUGCCCUUUGAGGGACCAGGUCUUGAGUCACCACGUCCGAAUAUAAUUCUUGGGUUAGUAAUCUGCCAAAAAAUAAAACGUCCUGCAAACACUGGAGAGUUAGACAAGAUGGAUGAAAAGCGGACCCGACUUCAGCAGGAGGAAGUGGACGUUCCAGCCUAUCCGAAAGUAACCACGGCCCCGCAGUCGGACAGAAAGCCCUCCAAGUAUCAGCUGUACGCUGCAGACGCGGCUGUCAGCACCACACCCCCCGGGUCCCCUCCGCCGCCACCCCCACUUCCAGAACCUCCGGUGCUAAAAGUGCUGUCAUCCCUCAAGCCCGCAGCCACCAGCCCGGUCACAGCAGUCACGACAGCAGCAGCAGCAACCACGGCCGCUUCCUCCGCCGCUUCGUCUGCUUCAAAAACAGCGUCACCGCUGGAGCACAUCCUGCAGACUCUCUUUGGAAAAAAGAAGUCAUUUGACCCCUCUGCCAGAGAGCCUGCUGGGUCCACUGCAGGCCUCCACCAGGACCCCAAAACCACAGCAGAGGAUGGGGUGCCGGCUCCUCCACUCUUAGAUCCGAUCGUCCAGCAGUUCGGUCAGUUCUCAAAAGAGAAAGCUCCAGAGGAAGAGGAGGACGACAGGCCCUACGACCCUGAGGAGGAGUACGACCCAGAGAGAGCCUUUGACACCCAGCCUGUGGAGCGAGGGCGGCGCCACGAGGGGGAAAGGGCUCCCGAAGCCGCCGCAGCCGAGCGGGAAGAGGUGGCCUACGACCCCGAGGAUGAGACCAUCUUGGAAGAAGCGAAAGUGACUGUUGAUGACUUGCCCAACAGGAUGUGUGCGGACGUGAGAAGGAACUCCACGGAGAGGCCUGCUGAGCAGGUGGCCGGGGCUGCCACGCCCUCCUUGGUGGAGCAGCAGAAGAUGCUAGAAGAGCUGAACAAACAGAUCGAGGAGCAGAAGAGACAGCUGGAGGAGCAGGAAGAAGCUCUGAGACAGCAGAGGGCCGCCGUCGGGGUCUCCAUGGCCCACUUCUCGGUGUCGGACGCCUUGAUGUCACCACCACCAAAGUCGUCCUUGCCCAAGGCGGAGCUGUUCCAGCAAGAGCAGCAGCCCGCAGAGAAGCCCACCUCGCUGCCCCCUGCCAGCCAGGCGGCGAACCAGAGAGAUCCCCGGCAGGCGAGGCGCCUGGCCGCUGAGAGUGGAGAGGGGGAGGGGGACCCUCUCUCUAGGCUCUCGGCAUGGGGCACCCAGGGCACCCUGCCCACCAGAGAUGCUUCCAAGGGUGCCCUUGUGGGCCAGGCGCUCACGCCAGUCCCAGAGGAAAAGGAGCUGGCCUCUUCCCCCUGGGCUUCGGGCGAAAAGCCCCCAGCAGGGCCUGAGCAGGACGGCUGGAAGGCAGAGCCUGGGGAAGGCGCCCGCCCUGCCAUGGCUGGAGACAGCUCUGCCCGGCCUGCUCGGAGGGUCCUGCUGCCCACACCACCCUGCGGCGCCCUGCAGCCUGGCUUCCCCCUGCAGCAUGAUGGUGAGAGGGACCCUUUCUCCAGCCCGGGAUUCACGGUGCAGGACAAGGCUCUCGGCCCCGGCCAAUAUGAGGACCCAAGAAAUCUCCACUCUGGUGGAAGGAGCGGCAGCCCUGCAGGUGAAGCAGAGGGGGACAGAGAGCCACAGGCCAGAUCCGGCGAGGGUACCGCCCUGCUCCCCCUGCCAGGACAGAAAGUGGGGUGCUCUCAGCCCCAGUUUCAGGGUCAGCGUGAACCUGGACCGCACGCUUUGGGGAUGUCAGGGCUUCAUGGCCCCAAUUUCCCAGGACCGAGGGGGCCAGCCCCUCCGUUUCCGGAAGAGAAUAUUGCUUCUAACGAUGGGGCACGAGGGCCUCCGCCAGCCAGAUUCGGAGCCCAGAAGGGGCCCAUCCCUUCCUUAUUCUUGGGGCAACAUGGGCCACCUCCUUACGGGGACGGCAGAGGCCCCUCACCCUCUUACCUUGGUGGACCACGGGGAGUGGCACCGUCCCAGUUUGAAGAACGCAAGGAUCCCCAUGGGGAGAAGAGGGAGUUCCAGGACACCCCAUAUAACGAGGUGACUGGCGCCCCCGCCCAGUUUGAAGGGACAGAGCAAGCCCCGUUCCUGGGGAGCAGAGGUGGCCCGCCUUUCCAGUUCGGAGGCCAGAGAAGGCCGCUGCUGUCUCAGCUGAAAGGACCCCGAGGCGGCCCCCCUCCCUCUCAGUUUGGAGGUCAGAGAGGACCACCCCCUGGCCAUUUUGUGGGCCCAAGAGGGCCCCAUCCUAGUCAGUUUGAAACUGCCCGGGGCCCUCAUCCCAGCCAGUUUGAAGGACCCAGAGGCCAAGCACCCAACUUGAUGCCAGGCCCCAGGGGCAUCCAGCCUCAGCAGUUUGAAGACCAGAGGGUCCAUUCCCCACCCAGAUUCACAAACCAGAGGGCGCCGGCACCCAUGCAGUUUGGUGGACCACGGGGGUCUGCACCCUUUCCUGAGAAGAAUGAGCAGACCCCUUCGCGAUUUCACUUCCCGGGCCAGGCCCCGCAGGUGCAGGUGAUGAAGCCCGGGCCCAGGCCCCUGCUGGAGCUUCCCAGCCACCCCCCGCAGCACCGUAAGGACCGGUGGGAGGAGGCCGGCGCGCCCCCCGCCCUCUCUUCCAGUGCGCCCGGACAGGGCCCCGAGGCCGACGGACAGUGGGCACCGCCCGACUUCCGAGAGGGCAAAGGUCACGAGUACAGAAACCAGACUUUUGAAGGGAGGCAGAGAGAGCGGUUUGACGCAGGGCCCAAAGAGAAGCCGCUGGAGGACCCCGACGGCCAGGGCCGGGCCGGCGAGGACAGGCGGAGAGAGCGCGAGCGCGGCCGAAACUGGAGCCGAGAGCGGGACUGGGACCGGGCCCGGGACUGGGACAGACACCGGGACAAAGACUCCGGCCGGGACUGGGACAGAAACAGGGAGCGGAGCGCCAACCGCGACCGAGAGCGCGAGGCCGACCGGGGAAAGGAGUGGGACCGCAGCCGGGAGCGCAGCAGGAACCGGGAGCGCGAGCGGAGGCGCGAUCGGGACCGGUCCCGGAGCCGAGAGCGAGAGCGGGACCGAGACAGAGACCGGGCCCGGGACCGGGAGCGCGGCCGCGACCGCAAGGACCGGAGCAAGAGCAAGGAGAGCGCGCGGGACGCGAAGCCCGAGGCCUCCAGGGUCUCGGAGGCGGGCACCGCCUCGCAGACCUAGAGGCUGCGCGGCCGGCCAGACCCUUUUAAAAGCCAGUCUCAUAAAAUGCGUCGAACAAAUAGCUUUUGAAAUAGCCACGAUCUUAGAUUCAGGAUAGAAUACUCUGGACUUGAAAAUUACUGUAAUUUUGUGUAAAUGGUUUCUUACAAGAUUUCACAUCUUUACAAUUCUGAUGCUUUUUUUAAAAAAAAAAAAAACUGUGAUAUUUCCAUUCAAAAUUAAAGAAAUGGAAAAUUGUCUACAAAAGCAUAUUGCUUUUUCAGAUCAGAAAGUGAUCUUUUCCAGUAACUCGACUACUGUAAAUUUUGGGGGAACUUCACUGGACCCUAGAGCCAUACCUUUCCUGACAUCUCAUCUGUGUUUCCAAAAGCCGUUUUUACAGGUCUAGCGUCCGUCCGGGCAGCCGGUUUGGGUGGGAGCUGCAGGCGUCCGCGCGGGCAGGAGAAGGGUUAGCUGCCUGUAUCUGGAGUGUUGACAAACACAAACCUUACAAAUGCAGCUUUCGUCCUAAAAUCUGCAUUACAAUUUUCAACUGGGAAACAAAAACACAUCUUAGUGUGCUCAGCUUUUGUAUAUCACCUUAUCCAUUUUUCAAAAACAUGAUUUAAAGCAACAUCUGUCCUGGUAUAAAUUGUUGCAUUUUAAAUAACAAUUUAUUGAAAAAUGUUUAAGUUUUACCACCCUAAAAAAAAAGGUAACAAACCAAUUAAAUGUACUUUGGGGGUGGGGAGGAGUCCUUGAUUUGAAUAAUCAGGAAAGUUUUGUUCAUCCAGUUUCAAAUGAGCAGUUCUUCCUGUAUCCCGGGAAAAGUACACUCAGCUCCAAACUGGUUAUUUAUCAGAGGAUACAUUUAAAAAUUUGUCCUUGAAAGUGGAACAAUACUUGUAUAAAGUCUGAGAUGGGAAACAGUGGUCAUUAGUUCAGGACCUGCCAUUGAGCUAGGAAGCUGUUCACUGUGAAACGGUCUCUUGCUUGUCAAGUAUUUUUCGAGUACUUCUGAAGUGUGAAAUAGAAAACAUCUGGCUAACUUAUUUGUACAAAUACACUUUGAUAGUUUUUUAUAUUUUCAUAAACUUACUUUUACAGAUAUGAAAUUAAAGAACCUCACUUGUUCUUUGGAGUCUGUUAUUCCAUUGUACGUCACUACAGAUUUUUCACUUUAUAGCGCAGAUUUUUUAAGUUAAGAAAACAUGGAGAAUGUAUCAGCUUGAGAUGUUUGGUGUUAAAGCCACGUGUCCGUAGGUUAAAUUACACUGAAGUAGGUGUCACGUUCCAACAUCUAAUAUGAUGCGAAGGGUUUUUUGUUUUUUUGUUUAACAUAUAAAGCAAAUUUUUCUAAUUUAAACACACAAAUGUAAAAAUCAAGUGUUUCUUUAGGUUUACUCGAUAGAGAUUUCUGUAAAUUGUAUUUUAUAUUGCAGAGGCUUAUAUCACUGUACAUGAGAACAUGCAGCUUCACAGGUGUGUUACUUGCAGUAGAAUAAACAGCCACAGG